AUGAAUGAGCCUUGUCCUAUCUGUUCCAAACCGUUCCCACUGAGUCUAUUGGAACGUCAUGUGAAUAUUUGUUUAGACACACAGGAAGAAAUUAAAGCAACCCAAGCAAAUUCAAGUACUGACGCGGUUGAAAUAAUUGAUGUCAAGAAACGAGAUGCAUUUUCAGCAUUAGGUCUAAAAGCAGAUUCUUCGCUGAAGAAGAAACCAAAGACUGAAACAAAGAAGAAUAGCCUUGCUGCUAUACUUAUUCAAGAACGACGACUUCAGAAUGAACUUAAAAAGAAAUCAAAUGAGUCAAAUGGUAGUCAAGAGAUAUCUUUGGAAGAUCAAUUUAAAUCAAUUAGUCAAGAUGCCCAAGCUCAUAUCAAAGAAGAAAAGAUAGAAGAGGUAGUAGCAACUCCUCCAAGAACUUCAGAAAUCCUUGCAAGAAGUCAAGAAGUCAAUGAACUCAAACGACAAGCUUCAAUACCUUUGGCCCAUCGACUUCGACCCAAGACAUUGGAUGAUUUCUACGGUCAAGAAAAAUUACUUGGUAAGAAUGGUCCAUUACGUACAAUAAUAGAAGGGGAUCAUAUACCGUCAUUCUUACUUUGGGGAGCUCCUGGAAUUGGAAAGACUACCAUUGCGAGAAUAAUUGCCAAAUCAACGAGUUGUAAAUUUGUGGAACUUUCAGGAGCAGAAUCAAAUUCGAAACAAUUAAGACAAAUUUUUACCCAAGCUGCAAAUCAUAAGAGUUUAACCGGACAGCUGACUAUUUUAUUCCUUGAUGAGAUACAUAGAUUUAAUAAAGCGGUCCAAGAUUUAUUAUUACCAGUGAUGGAGAAGGGGGUUGUGACUGUAAUUGGGGCAACUACGGAAAAUCCUUCGUUUACGUUAAACAAUGCUUUAUUAUCCAGAAUGCAUACAUUUGUAAUGGAGCCUUUGAAUCGAGAAUCUAUGUUGAAGAUCCUUAGUCGAGCUUUGUAUGAAGUCAAUAAAAUUAGAAAAAUGGUUUAUGAGUUACAUUAUAUAUCAUUACUGAAGGAUGCGUUUAAUUAUAUUGCGGAUUUAAGUAUGGGUGAUUCAAGAAUUGCUUUAAAUAUUCUUGAAUCAGUAAACGCCCAUCUCUCAACUGAGAAGUUCACCAGAAAUGACAACAAUCCAAAGGAAGGAAACACUCAAGAGACCAAAAACAAACAAGGAGUCAUCAAAAUAACUUCAGAAAUGCUAAAACAGCUAUUCAAAACGAAAAAUUUCCACCAAAUGUAUGACCGAAAUGGAGAAUCUCAUUAUGAUAUCAUAAGUGCCUUUCACAAAUCAGUCCGAGGAUCUGACCCCGAUGCAGCCAUGUUUUACCUAGUCAAAAUGUUAUCAGGAGGAGAAGAUCCUUUAUUCAUCAUGCGAAGAAUGAUAGUCAUCGCAUCCGAAGAUAUCGGACUUCGUGAUAGUUCAUGUCUUCCAUUUGUAGUCGCAGCCAAAGAAGCACUUGAAUUUGUUGGGAUGCCAGAAGGUGAGAUCAUAUUGGCUCAUGUGACUAAUAAAUUAGCGCGAGCACCUAAAUCUACGAAAUCUUAUAGAUCACUUCGUACUGCACAGAAAUUAAUUCUGGAAGAGCCAGAGGUGUUAAAGCUUCCCGUUCCGUUACAUUUACGUAAUGCUCCGACAAAAUUGAUGAAGGAGUUGGGAUAUGGGGAGAAAUAUAAGUAUAAUCCUGGAUUUGAGCAUGGGAUUGUAAAACAGAGUUAUUUUCCUGAUGGAAUGGAACCAGUUAAGUUCUUGGAGGAUAUGCAUCUCGGAUGUGUCAAAGAUCCACAGGUUGGUGAAGAUGAAUAUGAAGAUGCAAAAAAGGCAGAAGAAGAUUAUAAGAACUUUAAGGCAAGUUAUCGAGAGAAGCUACGUGAAGACUACAAGACAAAGAAACAAGUUGAUUGUGAAAAUCCAACAGAUGAAGAUAUUGGUGAAGGAAGUAGUUUUGCAUAUGAUGAGUUUUUAAGUAAAGAAGAUCAACCUCAAUAUUCUGAAGAUCCUGAUUGUACUGAUAAUUUUGGUAAAUCUUAUGAUGAAUUUUUAGAACCAGAUUCUCAAGCUGAUUUAUACGAAGAUAGCAAUUCUCCAGAUAAUAUAGAUUAA